AUGGCGGGAGGUCACCUCAAAAUCACCACCACCAGCGAGUUGACGCAGUGGAAAGGGUUCAACCCGUUCACGCAGAAAUACGAAAUCUUUGAAAAGGAGUUUCGCGGCGCCAUGGUCAACACCUGGAACAAGUUCUGCUUCUCCGGCGGGGUGGUGGAAGCCUCCUUAAAACUACCCGGACCCAGCGACGUCGGCGGGCUCUGGCCUGCUUUCUGGCUGAUGGGGAAUCUAGGUCGGGCUACCUACGAGCAUUCCACCAACUUGAUGUGGCCGUGGUCCGCCUGCGACCGGACCACGCAUUGGGACCUACAACAAAACCAGGGCCGGGGCGCCACGGAGAUUGACAUCAUGGAGGCAAUGUCUGGGAAGCCCCACAAAGUGACAAAGAAAGGCGACCUCGGUGUCGGCGUCCCGUACAUGUCCAGCACCCUCCAAGUUUCGCCUGGAGUGGAAAAAAACCGUCCACAGGCCGGGAAGAACUUCACCGAGCACCAGGUAAGUCUGGAAUCACCACGAGGCGUGCGACGCCCACGAGCUCCCUCCCGCACGUGCCUGCCGCCUUCCCCCCUCCGCACGGUGCUUCCUUUCGGGGUCUCACAAGAUCUGUCAAACUUAUCUACCGGACAGGAGGAGUGGACCUGGUACGACGGUCUCCGCUUCGGGGAGAAGAGCAAGAUGAACAUGUAUUUCUAUGGAACACUGCUGGACAAGACGCAGAAGGACGAGCCGGCGGGCCGAAGCAUCCACCAGGUCUACCAGGCAGACGCGGUCUCGGCCCUGACCUCACUCAGCGCCACGCACUGGGAAGAUUUCCACACCUACCGGCUGGAGUGGAUGCCCGGGCCGGAGGGGUAUCUGGCCUGGUACUUGGACGGAGAGAUGCUUUACGACGUCCCUGCUUCGGCCCUUUCGAACGUGACGGGCGCGCAAAUCCCAGUGGAGCCCUCCUACGUGAUUUUGAACACGGCUGUCUCUACAACUUGGGGGUUUCCGGAAACCUGCCCCGCUGGUUGCGCCUGCACGUGCUUCGAUUGCGCGAAGCCGGAGUGUCAGUGCGGCCUCCCCGAAGGCUUGUGCGAGAGUCUCCCGGCCUCCAUGCUGGUCGACUACGUCCGAAUCUACCAGCUCGAGGAUGAUGAGAGGCAUUUCCUUGGCUGUAACCACCCGAAAUUCCCCACGCGGAAAUUCAUCCAGGCACACCGCUGGCGGUACCAACGGUAG